AUGUCAAAACAAUCCCUCGCCAUGAUUGCCGCUCUUAGUGCCGGAGGCGGCGCUGCCCUCACAGCCGCCGUCUACUCACUCCGCUCCUCGAAACCCGAACAACAAGCACAACAAGCACAACAAGCACAGCAGCAGCUGCUGCUGCAACCGACGCCGACGAUCCCCGGCGCCUACCCUGCUCAGCCUUUCCCCGUCGGCGCGCCUCUCCCCACCGCCGCCGUGGGCACCUCACCCGUCAACCCCUCCGGCCUCUUCGAAUACGGCUUCCCGGGCCCCGUCGCCGACGUCGCCGCCCGCAGCGCCCUCAUCUCCUCGUACGACCGCCGCACGCGCAACCCGCACUGGGUCGUCGAGCACAUCACCGCAGCCUCGCUCGCGCGCCGCGACGCCGACCGCAAGCACAGCGUCUUUGUCGAGGAUGCCGCCGUCCCGCCGCAGUUCCGCGCCGGCCUCAAGGACUACUACCGCAGCGGCUACGACCGCGGCCACCAGGUGCCCGCCGCCGACGCCAAGUGGUCCCAGCAGGCCAUGGACGACACCUUUUACCUCACAAACAUGUGUCCCCAGGUCGGCGAGGGCUUCAACCGCGACUACUGGGCGCACUUUGAGGACUUCUGCCGCCGGCUCACCGUGCGGUACCCCUCGGUCCGCAUCGUCACCGGCCCGCUCUACCUCCCCCGCAAGGACCCCGUGGACAACAAGUGGUACGUCAAGUACGAGAUGAUUGGCAGCCCGCCCUCCGUCGCCGUCCCGACGCACUUUUACAAGGUCAUCUUUGCCGAGGACGGCAAGGCCGGCGGCAACGUCGCCCUCGGCGCGUUUGUCCUCCCCAACGCGCCCAUCGACAACAACAAGCCCAUCACCGACUUUGAGGUGCCCGUCGAGGCCGUGGAGCGUGCGAGUGGCCUCGAAUUCGCCUCGAAGCUGCCGGUUCAGCGCCGCAGGCGUCUUUGUGCGGAUACAACGUGUGCGCUGGUCAUCAAGGACUAUGCCGAUAGGCAAAAGGCCUUUGCAAAGGGUGGUGACAAGCGCUCCCUGCCUCCUACGCAAUAG